CCCUUACCUACUUCCUGUACAGCUGCAUCUGGACACGACCAGAGCACUGAGAGAUAUCAGGUAAUGAUGUAACUGGAGUCAAUAAGGGAACCUUCUUCCUGAGCACAGACAUUGGAGCCUGUUAUCAGCAUGAACUCAUAUGUGUUAGACAAUCACUUGAAUAGUUCAUAUCCAUCCUUCACUAAAGAAAGCAUCAGAAUGAUACCACAGACUCCAAAAGUCUUAGACACUAAUGACUAUUCACAAACAUUGGGGAAAUCACAGCAGAUACGUAAAGAAGAUGAUGAAUGGGCAGGAACUGGGCAGCAAUUAUUAUGUACAGAGAGUAAUUUAGUCAUCAAACAAGAGGACAACAUUUACGCCUUAUCUAGUGAAAUGAUUAUCCCAGAGAAGAAACCACACACAUUUACUGAGUUUAAAGAAGGGAAAAGUCUUACGUUUAGCCAAAUGAUUCAUACAAAGGAGAAACCUCACACGUGUAUAGAAUGUGGGAGAUGUUUCACAUCUAAAGGAAGUCUUAUGUAUCACAAAAAGACCCACACAGGGGAGAAACCUUUAAACUUUACAAAAUGUGGAAAAAGUUUUACAAAUAAGAGUAAUCUGAAAACUCAUGUAAGGAGUCACACAGGAGAAAAGCCUUUCACGUGUACAGAGUGUGGAAACUGUUUUACACGAAAGAGUAGUCUGAAAACUCAUGAAAGAAUUCACACAGGAGAAAAAACUUUCACAUGCACAGUGUGUGGAAAAAGUUUUACAUAUAAAAGUCAUCUGAAAGCUCAUGAAAGGAGUCACACAGGAGAAAAGCCUUUCACAUGUACAGAGUGUGGAAAAGGAUUUACACAUAAGGGUAAUCUAAAAACUCAUGAAAGGAGUCACACAGGAGUAAAGCCUUUCACAUGUACAGAGUGUGGAAUGUGUUUUACACAAAAGAGUGAUCUAAAAACUCAUGAAAGGAGUCACACAGGAGAAAAUCCUUUCACAUGUACAGAGUGUGGAAAAUCUUUUCCACAAAAAUAUUAUCUAAAAACUCAUGAAAGGUUUCACACAGGAAAAAAACCUUUCACAUGUACAGAGUGUGGAAAAGGAUUUACAGUAAAGAGUAAUCUGAAAAAUCAUGAAAGGAUUCACACGGGAGAAAAACCUUUCACAUGUACAGAGUGUGGAAUAUGUUUUACACAAAAGAGUACUCUGAAAACUCAUGAAAUGAUUCACACAGGAGAAAAACCUUUCACAUGUACAGAGUGUGGAAAAGGUUUUACACAAAAGGGUGAUCUAAAAGCUCAUGAAAGGAUUCACACAGGAGAAAAACCUUUUGCAUGUACAGAGUGUGGAAAAUGUUUUACAAAAAAGAAUGAUCUGAAAAUUCAUGAAAGGGUUCACACAGGAAAAAAAACUUUCACAUGUACAGAGUGUGGGAAAUGUUUUACACAAAAGAGUGAUCUAAAAACUCAUGAAAUGAUUCACACAGGAAAAAAAACUUUCACAUGUACAGUGUGUGGAAAAGGAUUUACAGUAAAGAGUAAUCUGAAAACUCAUGAAAGGAUUCACAUAGGAAAAAAAACUUUUACAUGUUUAUAAAGUGGAAAAGGGUAUCGUAUGUCAGACAGGUAUAACAAAACACCAAAUAUUUACGCACAAAAUAAACUUUAUAUACACUGUGUGAAAACCAUUUAAGAAUUAUCCUAAAGAAGACAGACUCUCUAAAUAGAAGAGUCAAAAAAGGAUCCUGUUGUAAAUAAUACUUUCUGAAUCCCAGUUACAAAAUCUCUAUAUUGGAAGUGCUCUCCUGCUUUAUUCCUCUAUAUAUGUGCACCUCAGUUUCUCUCAUAUCAAUGUGAUAGAAUCCAAACACCACACAGGAAUAUACAGAUCUGUCUUAUAUGUCAUACUGACCAGUUUACACAACCAUUCACCACCAAAUCACCCCCAGUGUUGUUUAUUAAUAUGCCAGUGUUAGGAGUUGUACGUUUGUUUUACAUAGGGGAGGAAAUAAUUACAUUUACAGAAUAAAGAGUCUUUAUAUGAAUAGAGUGUUAGAGAAUUAUAUAAACAAGAACAUCAGUCUAAAAUUAUUGACAUCUGGGAGAUAUAUUUAAUGUGCACAUCAAGUGGAUAAACCUUUUCUUAUAGCAAUAGAUGCUUAGCAUUGUACAUGUUAUAUACCAGAAGAAUUACUGAGGGGAACCUGAUAGUAUUUAAAGAGACACAAUGGGCUAGAUAACAAGGGGAGUGCUAAUUUGCCCAUUUGCUGGUGCGCAAUAAAUAAUCAGCCAUUACAAGUGGUAGCAAUUAGCAUUUUAUAAAAUUAACCAAAUUAAUCCAACAUUUAUAAAAUUAACCAGAGUUCAGAUCUUUGGUUAAUUUUAUAAAUGUCCAUCAAAUGUCCCUAAAUUUAAGCGUUAGUUUUUUUUUAAUAAAAAAAAUAAAAAUGCACUUAGCAGUUUUUGGGGUCUAAAGUCAGCAGCUAUGAGUUGUAAGAAAAAAACGGCACUGAAAAGUGUCUGUACACUGCGGUCUAUGGGAACUGUGUGUUCCCUGUAAAUAUAUGUGUAUGCUUAUAUACAUAUAUGUUUGUCAGGGUUUUUUCCCUGUUUUGUUUGCCAUGUGCUGCUGGCAGCCAUUUUACUCACCUCUCUUGCUGACUAUGGUGCAUUGUGGGGGAUGCUGCUCAUUUCCUGUACUUCCUUUUAUGGCCAGACUGGUGUGCAUCAUCUGUGUGAGACAGGAUGCAGUCUCAGAAUUGUGAUGUCAUCACUUAUUAUUUAAAGGGCCUCUGUUCAGUAUGCUUUGCCUUUGUGUUGUCUCAGAUCUGUUUGUGAGAGUUCCUGUGUAUUACCUGGCUGUCUGACGUCCUUCCUGGUUCCUGAUCCCUGGCUUGUUCCUGACUCUGCUGUUUUCCUUGUUCCUGAUUCCGUCUCGUCUGACUAUUCACUUUGGCUCCUGGCUCGGCUCGUCGGACUACCAGCUCUAGUUUUGACUCCUGGCUUGUUAUUUGACUUGUGGACUUUUUAUUAUUUUUUUUGUUAUUAAUAAAGGUGUGAUUAUUUUUGCACUUCUCGUCUCAGUCUGAUUCCUGGCACCCUGACAUUACGCAAAAGGCCAUGAAUCCUGAUGGUGCUAAUAAUCCACCUUUACCUGCCAUCUUUUCCAGGAUGGAUGAAAAGGAUCACCGCUUGGAUCAAUUUGCACUAGCCCUGCAAACCCUGCUGACAUGCACUGCACAUUUGGACCAAAGUGUCCCACAAGUUAUGACUGCUCCUGUUUUCGCUGCUGCACCUAGUCCUACCAGGAGCAUGUCCGGUUCUGCACCUCUACCUCAGUGAUAUGGAGGUGAUCCUAUUCAGUGCAGAGGGUUUUUGAACCAGGUGGGCAUUUACUUUGAGAUGUUACCUCAGGCGUUUCCCUCUGACAGAGCUAAGGUGGGAUUUCUCAUCUUGUUACUCUCUGACACAGCUCUUGCCUGGGCUAAUCCCUUGUGGGAGACUAAUAAACCUGUGAUUUCAAAUUACCCUGAAUUUGUGGCCUCCUUUCGAAGGGUAUUUGAUGUUCCGGCUCGCUCCUCCUCUGCUGCUAAAUGACUCAUGUCCAUUCAGCAAGGUACAAGAUCUUUUGCUCAGUAUGCUAUUGAGUUCCGUACGCUUGCCACAGAGGUUGGUUUGAACAAUGAAGCUCUUGUUAACGCCUUCUUUCAUGGGCUCUCUGAUAUGAUUAAAGACAAAGUUGCUGCCAGAGAUUUACCAGAGGAUCUCGAGACAUUGGUGUCUUUUUUUAUCCUAAUUGACAUCAGACUCAGAAAGAGGCCCUCUUUCAAGGAGCGCUUGUGGAAGCCUCCUGUUCUGUUGUCUCCUACGUGUUCGCUCCAACCCAUGCCUCCCUCUCCUCCCAUGCCUCCUGGUCCCGAGUGACCAGGUACUGCUGAGCCAAUACAGUUGGGAUUCACGUGUCUCUCUGCAGCGGAGAGGGGCUUUAGGAGGAGGGAGGUUCUCUGCCUCUAUUGUGGGUAACAGGGCCACCUUUUGAAGUCUUGUCCUACAUGUCCGGGAAACACUCACACCUAAGGUCCUGUCGGGGGCAGACCUUGGGUGGUUUAUCCUCGUCCCCGGAACCGCUUAAGGAGAAAUCUUUGGUCAUGGUUGUCCUUUCCUGGGUGGACUCCUCCAUAUUCACCCAGGCUCUUGUUGACUACAGUGCUGCGGGCUAUUUCAUUGACGGUGCUUUUGUAUCAAAGCACUCCAUUCCUGUUUUGCCUCAGUCCGUUCCACUUGCUAUUGAGGCCAUUGAUGGCAGGCCCCUUCAGCCCACACUCGUUACUCACAAAACUGCUCCGUUGUCCAUGGCUGUUGGGGCUCUGCAAUUUGAAACCCUCCAGUUCCAGGUGAUAAACUUUCCGCAUUUUCUGGUUGUUCUGGGUUAUCCCUGGCUCCAAAAGCACAAUCCUAGUCUUGACUGGCGCAGGUCCGAAAAUUUGUCGUGGUACUUGUAAUGUAUUUUCACUUGUCUUUGGAAACCAGUUAAAGUCUUGUGCACUUCUUCGGUAUCUCAAUUGCCAGAGGAGUACCGAGAGUUCCUAGUCGUUUUUGACAAGGUGUGUGCCGGUACGUUGCCUCCUUACCAGUCUUACGAUUGUGCCAUAGACCUGCAACCCAGAGCCAUUCAUCCUCGGGGCCGGGUUUACCCUCUAUCUGUUGCAUAGAAUUGUGCUACGGAGGAGUAUGUUGCUGAUGCUCUGUCGCGGGGGAUCAUCCACAAAUCCUGCUCUCCUGCAGGGGCUGGAUUCUUCUUUGUGAAGAAAAAGGGCGGUGAGUUAAGACAAUGCAUCGAUUAUAGGGGUCUUAAUCGUCUUACCAUUAAGAAGGGGGGGGACUGGGGAGGCGCCCUACUGAGUUUCAGACGGUACUUCUUAUAACAGACUACUCCAGGAGCUCGGUAAUUCCUCCUUAGCAAUCAGAGUUUUAACUAUCUUUAACUUAAUUAAAGGUUUAAUAAUUUGGAAUUGCACAUCCACUGACUCGGCUUCUAUUCUUUUUAACCAUUUGUGGAAAAACCUUUUUAUAGAUUUCUUUGCAUCAAAACAAAUAUCGUAUUGCUCCAGGAUCAUCUGGUUCUUCAUCCCUCUCACAAAAUGUGCGAUGCUGGGUGCUUUUGAAGCUUUCCAAUUACCUAAAAUCAGUGUUCUACCUUGCAGGAUUGCCAUGUUAAUGAGACUGGGGUUCUCAUGCCAGUCUGUGCCCUGGUAUAGAAAAAGCACCAUUUUACUAUUUAUUUGUAAUUUUUGGUCUAGCCACUUAUUUAACCAAAAUUGUACUUGAUGCCAGAACUGCCGAUUUUUUGGGCAGACACACAAGCAAUGUUCUAGGUCUGCUUCUUUGGCACCACAUUUAUAGCAUACUAUAUCCAUAUUCCUAUACCACCUUGCUAUUUUACUAGGUGUGAUAUACAGUUGAUUAAUUAUUUUAAAGUGUGACUCUCUCCAAGUAGUAACCUUAGUUGUCCUAAUUACUGUAUUGAAACUAUCUACUAGUUCCUCCCUUGUCACUAUAACGUGUGUCUUCCUCCAUUUACCUUUCAGCAUCUGUAGAUGGGUUUCUAUUUUAUGGUUCAUUUGGAAAUUAUAAAUCAUGCUGAUUGCGUAUUUCUUUUGUGCAAACACUGUAAUGAUUUUAUCUAGUCCUCCUAGUGUCCAAUCAUUCCCACAUUUAACCUGUAAUUCAUUAUGAAAGUGGCCGAUUUGCAGGUAGGCAAAGAAAUCUGUAUUAUCUAACUGGUAUUCAUCUUUCAGUUCAUCAAAUGACUUAACUAUGCGUUAUAUUAUCCUCAAGUUGUAUCAAAUUAACAAUACCCUUCCUACGCCAUCUAUGGAAGACUCCAUUUUCGCUGCAUCGUGCUUUGAAUUUAGGAUUCCCUAGGAUCGGUAGGUACUUUGACUUACACAUAUUCAUUCCUACUCCUUUACCAAAUUUAUGCCAGGUCACUAUUAUAUUGUUAAACGUUAACCGCUGCAUAAUCUUUUUUGGGAGGUUUUUUGUCUCACAAUGCAGAAGUGCUUUCAGCGUAUAAGGUGCACAAAUAUCUGCUUCUAACACUCCAUAAGAGACAUCAUUUCCAUCGGUAAUCCAGUCUAUCGCAUAUUUCGCCAAUGCGGCUAGAUUGUAUAAUUGGAGAUCCGGAAGUGCUAACCCCCCAGCUUUAAGGGGGAGAGUUACUAUCUCUGCUGAGCAUCUUAUUUUCCCUCCUGCCCAGAUAAAACUAUUAUUCAUCCUCAUCGUUCUGAUGUUACACAGGUUCUUCAGAGACUACGUGAGAAAGGCCUGUUUUGUAAACUCGACAAAUGUGAGUUCCAUCAAACUCAAGUAACCUUCCUAGGUUAUGUUAUCUCCGUUGCAGGGUUCUCCAUGGAUCCUGACAAGUUAUCUGCAGUUCUGCAGUGGCCUCGCCCAGUUGGUCUUCAUUCUAUUCAACGUUUUUUGGGGUUUGCCAAUUACUAUAGAAAGUUUAUUAAAAACUUUUCUUCCUUGGUCAAACCUAUCACAGACAUGACCCAUAAAGAGAAUGAUCCACUCCAUUGGUCACCUACUGCCAUUACGACCUUUGAUAGUCUUAAGACUGCCUUUGCUGCCGCUCCAGUUCUGGCUCAUCCUAACCCUGUCCUGCCUUUCGUUCUUGAGGUCGAUGCGUCUGAGACUUGAGUAGGUGCCCUCUUGUCUCAAUGUCCUACGCCUGACGGUUCCUUGCAUCCAUGUGGUUUCUUCUCUAAGAAAUUGUCUCCAGUGGAGUGCAAUUAUGAAAUUGGUGACAGGGGAUUACUGGCCAUAAUUUUGGCACUCAAGGAAUGGAGGCAUCUUCUCGAGGGUACUAGCGUGCCAGUGCUCAUUCUUACUGACCACAAGAAUUUAACUUAUCUAUCUGAAGCAAAACGUUUGUCGCCCCGACAGGCCAGAUGGGCACUAUUUUUGUCUCGGUUUAAUUAUGUGGUCUCCCACCUGCCUGGUAGUAAGAAUGUUGGGGCUGAUGCCCUCUCUCGACAAUUUUCGCCUCUCUCCAAGGAGUUGUCUGUACCUACUCCUGUUAUACCUCCUGACCAUAUUUUAGCUACCAUACGUACUAUUUGACUUCUCCCUUGGGGGAGGAGAUCCUGGCUGCACAAACCAAUGCACCUCCUGAGAAACCUAGUGGUAAGUGUUUUGUUCUUGAGAAUCUUUGAACUAAACGUUUGCACACUUACCACUAUCCUAAAGCCACAGGUCACCCAGGCAAGAACCAAAGGAUUUGGUCUGUCACUCGACAAUUCUGGUGGCCAGGUCUUCGUUCUGAUGUUGCUGCGUAUGUUGCCUCCUGCUCAGUUUGUGCACAGAAUAAGACUCCUUGACGUCUUCCUGUGGGUCUUCUUCAACCUAUUGCUAAUGGUGAGCAUCCUUGGACACAUCUUUCCAUGGACUUCAUUGUUGAGCUCCCUGUUUCCAGUGGCAAUACUGUUAUCCUUAUGGUGAUAGACCGUUUUUCUAAAAUGUCACAUUGCAUUGCCUUGAUGAAGUUGCCUACCACUCAGGAGCUUGCUUCAAUUUUUGCCCGGGAGGUCUUCCAUUUACAUGGGUUACCCAAGGAGAUAGUGUCAGACCAGGGUAGCCAGUUUGUCUCCAGAUUUUGGCUUUCCUUUUGUGCUCAAAUGGGGAUCCAGCUUUCCUUCUCAGCAUAUCACCCUCAAUCCAAUGGGUCUGUGGAACGGUCUAAUCAAGCUCUUGAACAGUUCCUCUGUUGCUAUGUCUCAGAUCACCACAAUAAUUGGUCUGAACUGUUACCUUGGGCAGAGUUUGCUCGUAAUAGUGCUAUUAAUGCUUCCUCCAAGUUAUCCCCAUUCAUGGCGAAUUAUGGGUUUCAACUAUCCUUGUUGCCCGAUUCAUUCAUGUCUCAGGUUAUUCCGGCUUUGGAGGAGCAUCUCCAGCAACUCCGUUCCAUGUUGGUUCAGAUUCAGGAUUGCCUUCAUCAUUCUAUGCAGCGCCAAAAGUUCCAGGCUGAUUGUAGGCAUCUGCCUGCGCCUUCCUAUUAGGUUGGUGAGAGAGUUUGGCUGUCCUCCCGCAACUUGAACCUUCGUGUGCCUUCCAAUAAACUGACUCCCUGUUAUGUUUCAAGAAUACUCCUACGGGUCAAUCCUGUGGCCUACGCUCUUGACCUUCCUCCUGCAAUGCGCAUCUCCAAUGUUUUUCAUGUCUCGUUCUUGAAACCAUUGGUUUGUAAUCGGUUUACCACUGUGUUACCUCAUCCCCAUCCUAUCUUUGUUGACAACCAUGAGGAGUAUGAGGUCAGCAGCAUUAUUGACUCUCGUAUGUCCAGGGGCCGUGUACAGUAUUUGGUCCACUGGAGGGGCUACGUUCCGGAGGAGCGUUCUUGGGUUCCCUCCUCUGAUGUUCAUGCUCCCGCCCUCCUCCAUGCCUUCCAUGCCCGUUUCCCCAAUAAGCCUUUUGUCCUCCCAUAGGGGAGGGGUCAUUGAGGGGAGGGUACUGUCAGGGUUUUUUCCCUGUUUUGUUUGCCAUGUGCUGCUGGCAGCCAUUUUACUCACCUCUCUUGCUGACUAUGGUGCAUUGUGGGGGAUGCUGCUCAUUUCCUGCACUUUCUUUUAUGGCCAGACUGGUGUGCAUCAUCUGUGUGAGACAGGAUGCAGUCUCAGAAUUGUGAUGUCAUCACUUAUUAUUUAAAGGGCCUCUGUUCAGUAUGCUUUGCCUUUGCGUUGUCUCAGACCUGUUGGUAAGAGUUCCUGUGUAUUACCUGGCUGUCUGACGUCCUUCCUGAUCCCUGGCUUGUUCCUGACUCUGCUGUUUUCCUUGUUCCUGAUUCCGGCUCGUCUGACUAUUCGCUUUGGCUCCUGACUCGGCUCGUCUGACUACCAGCUCUGGUUUUGACUCCUUAUUAUUAUUAUUAUUUUUUUUUGUUAUUAAUAAAGGUGUGAUUAUUUUUGCACUUCUUGUCUCAGUCUGAUUCCUGGCACCCUGACAAUGUUUUUGUGUUAAUGUGUGUAUAUACACUUAUAACAAAUAAUAUAUACUGUAUGUAUAUAAACAUAUACAUAUAUAUUUAAAUUUGCUGCCAUUGCUUGUUCUCAUGCUGUGUCUCACGGCAUUAGAACGAGGCUCCCAUUAGAGCAUGUGAAAGUGUGAUCUCAUUUUGCGCUCCAUUUAUAAUCAGGCUCAAUAUCAGUAACUGGUACAUUUGUGAUCAUAAUCGUUUUAAUUUAAAUGGCUACUAUAACCUACAUGUAUUCUGGGUAUGUAAUAUGUGUGUCAUGUGAUCAUAAUCAGUUUAAUUUAAAUGGCUAUUAUAACCUACAUGUAUACUGGGUAUGUAAUAUGUGUGUCAUGUUCUGUAACUUGAUAUUAUGUCUGUUAGAUGUUUUCAUUUCAUGUUGGUUAGAAGCCACAAGAACUGAUAAUAGCACAUACUGUAUAUAUAAAGGGAACAUUAUAUGUCUGAUAAAUCCCUUUGUAUCAAGAGCACAAGUGUUAGGUAUAUGUAUACCAUGUGUGCAUAUAUCAUGUAAUGCUGCUUUUUACUAUAUAAUGAUAUACAAUGUUUUUUAUGCAAAUAAAGUGAUUGUAAUCCAGA